CCCGGAAGGAAGUGCUCUGUUUGUUGUCAAUGUAGCUUCCAUUUUUUUCUGGUCUGUCAGUAACAGAACCAUUGAUCUCAACCAACUCAACUGUAUUGGACCGAAACAGAGUGGUAGAAUAUCGCGACCUUUACCGGUCUGAAGGGGGGUAGUCUUCAUAGGACCCCGGCGGUCUGUGUUGGACCGUGAAUGGUUCUAGUGGCCUGUAACGAACUGUACAAAACACUGCAGACUUCGAUAGACAAAAGUCGCCACAAUGAACGUGACGCUGGCAGUAAAACAGUACAUCUCUAAGAUGGUGGAGAGCAGCGGAGCCGGGAUGAAGGUUCUGCUGAUGGACAAAGAGACGACCAGCAUCGUGAGUGUGGUCUACACCCAGUCUGAGAUCCUGCAGAAGGAGGUCUACCUGUUUGAGCGGAUCGACUCUCAGAGCAGAGACACCAUGAAGCACCUGAAGGCCAUCUGCUUUCUCAGACCCACCAAGGAGAACGUGGAACAUCUGAUUCAGGAGCUGCGGAAACCAAAGUAUGGCGUUUACUUCAUCUACUUCAGUAAUGUGAUCAGUAAGAGUGAGAUCAAAGCUCUGGCUGAAGCAGACGAACAGGAAGUGGUGGCUGAAGUUCAGGAGUUUUAUGGAGACUUCAUCGCCCUCAAUCCUCACCUGUUCUCCCUGAACCUUGUGGGCGUGGCCCGGGGCCGCAGCUGGGAGCCCUCCAUGUUGUCUCGCUGCACUCAGGGUUUGACGUCCGUCCUCCUGGCCCUGAAGAAGUGCCCGAUGAUCCGUUACCAGCUGUCCUCGGACAUGUCCAAACGUCUGGCUGAGAGCGUGAAGCAAAUCAUCACAAAGGAGUACGAGCUCUUUGACUUCAGGAAGACGGAGGUUCCUCCUCUGCUCCUCAUCCUGGACCGCAGUGACGACGCCAUCACACCCCUGCUCAACCAGUGGACCUACCAGGCCAUGGUCCACGAGCUGCUGGGUCUGAACAACAACAGGAUCGAUCUGUCCAGGGUCCCAGGGAUCAACAAAGACCUGCGAGAGGUGGUCCUGUCAGCUGACAACGAUGAGUUCUACGCCAACAACAUGUACCUGAACUUUGGAGAGAUUGGCACCAACAUCAAGAACCUCAUGGAGGACUUCCAGAAGAAGAAACCUAAAGGUCAACAAAAGCUGGAGUCCAUCAAUGACAUGAAGGCCUUUGUGGACAACUACCCCCAGUUCAAGAAGAUGUCGGGCACCGUGUCCAAACAUGUGACGGUGGUCGGGGAGCUGUCGCGGCUGGUGUCGGAGCGGCAGCUAAUGGAAGUGUCGGAGGCCGAGCAGGAGCUGGCGUGUCAAAACGACCACUCCAGUGCUCAGCAGAACGUCCGUCGUCUCCUGCAGAACCCUCGUCUGUCGGAGUUGGACGCCGUCCGUCUGGUGAUGCUCUACGCUCUGAGGUACGAGCGUCACAGCAACAGCAUCCUGCCGUCGCUGAUGGACGAGCUGAGUCGCAGGGGCGUGUCCGAACGCCACCGCAAGAUGGUUCAGUCUGUGGUGGAGUACGGAGGGAAGAGGGUGAGAGGAAGUGACCUCAUCACACCCACGGACGCCGUGGCCAUCACCAAGCAGUUCUUCAAAGGACUGAAGGGUGUGGAGAACGUCUACACUCAGCACCAGCCGCUGCUGCAGGACACGCUGGACCAGCUGAUCAAAGGACGGCUGAAGGACAGUCAGUUCCCCUACCUGGGAGCCAGCAGCCUCAGAGACAGACCUCAGGACAUCAUCCUGUUCCUUAUUGGUGGAGCCACGUAUGAAGAAGCUCUGACUGUUUACAACAUGAACCGUUCUUCACCUGGCGUUCGCAUCGUCCUGGGAGGAAGCAGCGUCCACAACACCAAGACAUUUCUGGAGGAAGUGAUGUCAGCGACGGGUCACAGCGGUGACAGGCCGACAGGAAGGACUCACCACGGCCACAGACGCUGAAUCGAUAAACGAUCAACAACGUCGCCUUCCAAGUGGAGCGCGGCGACGGAGCGGAUCUAAAAAAAAAAAAAAAAGGA